AUGCUCAAAAACGGGUAAAGCCGUUUUAUUGAAGCGAGCCUGUCAAAAAUUAAAUAGCCCAUCAAAUAAAAAAAAAUUGCCUUGAAUUUAUUUCGUCCUCCUCCCUCAUCCGCUUCUCCUCCAAUUCUCCUGAUGCGACAUUGCUGGCUCUUGAUUGCUCUCAUCCUGUGCAUGGUCUCUUGCACGAUGGCUGCUGCUGCUAGCACUUCUCAACCUGCCUCUUCUUCAUCUCCAGCCUCUUCUUCAUCUCCAGCCUCUUCCAGUGCUGCCAGUUCCAGCGCAGCCGCUCCAGCCGCAUCAGGGCAAUCAUCACAGGCUCAACAACAAACCCCAAGCCAACCUUCCGCUACCCCAGCAAGCGGUAUCCAGAUUCCCAUCAACCCUCCAAACAGUGCACACCACAGUAUGGCUACCGGUUGGACCGCCGUCGCUCUGUUGCUGGUGACAUGUGUUUUCUGGCACCUUUGAUGUUGCACCGCGUCAUACACUCGUUCUGCUUGCUUGUUUAAUAUCAAACUUCACUUUGUCUUUACCCUCUACAAACACUCAUCCGCGCAUUAUUUCCCAUUGCUUUCAAAUGUUUCGCUAUAAUUUAUUUAUU